UGAACAAGUUAAAGCCGAAUGUUAAUGACGAAAAUUGGCCGUUAGAGGCCGCUUUAGACCGGACGCUUGCGGGGCAGCUUUAGUCAAUGGCCGGGCAUAUUAUCAUCCAGUGACUGCAACAGUUAUUUAUCAUAUUAUAUACAAAGGCUACCCCUCUGCUAAUGUUCCUAAAGCCUGAAAGAUAGACGCUUAGAAAAUAUACCUGUUAACCACUUUAGAUUUGUUGAAGUUAUCCGGGUGUUACAAUAACUGAUUUUCUAUUACGUUCGAAUAAAAGGUACUAUUAUCUAAGUAUACUCACUACCUCUUAUUACAUACCUUAGGUAACUAUAUUGAUCAACAUAAUUACUAAUAUAUCUUAGUAGCCGGUGAGAUAUAGUAAAUAUGGCACCUCAACUACUAUGGAUCGGCUUAGGAAAUAUGGGCAGAGGAAUGGUGAAGAAUCUGGUGGAGAAGGGUAACCUGGAGAAGCCCUUGCUCUUAUACAACCGAACCAGAAAGCAUUCUGAGGACGUGGCAUCUAAACUUCCCGCGGGAAAGACUGAGAUCGUCGAUUCUAUCGAGGAGGGCGUCAAGAAGGCCGACAUAAUCUUUGUCAUCCUCUCUAACGACGCCGCAGUCCAGAACGUCUUCGACACCAUCCUUAAAGUUGACGUAGCGGGCAAGCUGUUCAUCGAGUGCUCCACGAUUCAUCCAGACACUGCUCAAAAAGCUGCCGACUCAGUAGCUGAGAAGGGGGGCGAUUUCAUUGCGAGCCCUGUCUUCGGAGCGCCAGCAGCAGCCGAAGCAGGCCAGCUCGUUUUCGUCCCUGCAGGAGCCAAGUCUGCCAUUGACAAGAUACGGCCCUAUAUCAAGGGCGUAAUGGGCCGGGCAGAGAUUCCAUUCGAUGACCAGCCGCCAGCGAACUCGCUAAAGCUUAAGCUACUAGGUAAUACCUUCAUCGUGAACAUGGUGACGGUGCUAGGCGAGGGCUUCGCAGCGGCAGAGAAGAUCGGCAUCGGCCCCGAGCCACUAAAGCAGUUUGUCGACCAGCUGUACGGCGGCAUAUACAGCGCCUACUCGGAGCGCAUGCUAAAUGGCACCUAUUGGAAGAUGGAAGAGCCGCUCUUCUCAGCUAACAACGCGCUUAAAGACGCGGGCCACGCCUCGAACUUGGCGAAGAGCGGAGGCGCCGAGCUCAAGCUGCUGGGUGUCGCUCAAAACUACUUGAAGAGUGUCGCCGAGCACGCGGGCGGCGACAAGGGCGAUAUUGCGGGUAUCUACGGCGCUGCGAGGAAGGACUAUGGGUUGAAGUUUGAGAACGACGCAUGAUUUAUAAUGUUGCGUUGAAGCUCUUGAGAAGUUUAGGAGAAAAACAAGAUGAUCUUAUAGAAUAGCUAGCUCUAAUUACUAUAGUAUUAGUAAAAAGUGAUGCUUGUUGCGAUUGAGUGAACUUUUGAGUUUAAAUGCCAUCUCAAAAC